UGUUAGGUUACUUCCGGGCUGCUGUCAUACACGAUAAACACAACACACACAAAACAAUUAGUAGAGCCCGAGUUGAUUUAUUUAAAUAAAGAUGUCUCGCUCAGCCGGAACGUUGAUAACAACACAUAAUUCCACAUUUAUUCCUCCGCGUUUUAUGCCCGGGUACAGAGGGCACUGCCCAACAACAAAGUAUGACUAUGGUGAAACAUAUGGCAAUGCUACAAACAAAUAUUUCCAGGACUACAGACAUGAGGUUUUGAAUGCUUCACAUGAUCCAUAUGCAAGAGGUGGAGAAUUCCCAACAUAUUAUACUCAUAAACCAGAGUCCGUGAUCAGUGCCCGAGGUAGAACAAGAGAUAGAUGGCUGGCUGCUCCAAAAUAUUCUCUCUCAAACAUUGACUUUGACAGGAAAGAGGAGCUAAAAUCAUUUGAUUCUCUUGGACAGAAACACAGAGAACACUACUUUGACAAAAGCGAUACUAAAAAAAGUGUAGACUAUUUCAUGAUCCCAAGAUCAGCUGAAGAUCAAAUUAAGCGCAAAGCACAGUUCAUGAUUUUGGCCACACGUCACACAGACGAUAUCAAUUUACCAUACCUGGAACACGAGGCACGUAGAUUACCACUGCUAAAACAAACAUCAACAAUGUCAUCACAGCGCGACAGAGAAAUGAGAGACGUGCACUUCGAGAAACGAUAAAUUUUGUUAUGAACUUUUCAAAAACUUUAUUUUUAAAAAUUCUGUGAUAGGUUUACAUUAGUCUAGAGGGUUUCUAUACAUUUUUAGCUCAUCUGUCACAAAGUGACAAGGUGAGCUUUUGUGAUUGCGCAGCGUCCUUCGUCUGUCCGUGUGUGCGUGCGUAAACUUUUGCUUGUGACCACUCUAGAGAACACAUUUUUCAUGGGAUCUUUAUGAAAAUUGGUCAGAAUGUUCACCUUAAUGAUAUCUAGGACAAAUUUGAAACUGGGUCAUGUGUGGUCAAAAACUAGGUCAGUAGGUCUAAAAAUAGAAAAACCUUGUGACCGCUCUAGAGGCCAUAUUUUUCACAAGGUCUUCAUGAAAUUUGGUCUGAAUGUUUACUUUGAUGAUAUCUAGGUCAAGUUUAAAACUGGGACACGUGCCAUCAAAAACUAGGUCAGUAGGUCAAAUAAAAGAAAAUCCUUGUGACCUCUCUGGAGGUCAUAUUUUUCAUGGGAUCUGCAUGAAAAUUGGUCAGAAUGUUCAUCUUGAUGAUAUCUAGGUCAGGUUUGAAACUGGGUCAUGUCUGGUCCAAAACUAGGUCAGUAGGUCAAAUAAUAGAAAAACCUUGUGACCUCUGUAGAGGCCGUAUUUUUCAUUGGAUCUGCAUGAAAAUUGAUCAGAAUGUUCAUCUUGAUGAUAUCUAGGUCAAGUUGUAAACUGGGUCGCAUGCGGUCAAAAACUAGGUCAGUAGGUCAAAUAAUAGGAAAACCUUGUGACCACUCUAGAGGCCAUAGUUUUCAUGGGAUCUGCAUGAAAGUUGGUCUGAAUGUUCAUCUUGAUGAUAUCUAGGUCAAGUUUGAAACCGGGUCAACUGCGGUCAAAAACUAGGUCACUAGGUCUCAACAUAGAAAGACCUUUUGACCUCUCUAGAGGCCAUAUUUUUCAAUGGAUCUUCAUGAAAAUUGGUCAGAAUUUUUAUCUUGAUGUAGGUCAGGUUCAGAAGUAGGUCACAUGAGCUCAAAAACUAGGUCACUAUGUCAAAUAAUAGAAAAAAACGACGUCAUACUCAGUUCAUGUGGGGGAAGGUGAGCGAUUCAGGACCAUCAUGGUCCUCUUGUUCAAAGAUAUUUAUUUAUCAAGUUUAUACACUCAGAUUUAUAUAUAAAAUGGAUAUGAAAAUAAUCUUAAAAUUUAUGUUAAGUUUUCCAGUUGCAAACUGCAUUAAGAUUUUAUUGCUCAAAUUAGCUUAUGUUUUAUUUUAAAAGAAUUUUCUGUUUACUACAUGUGAUUUUUGGAAAAGCUCAGUAUUUUGUGUUAGUUCAUUUGUUUCUGUUUUUAAUCAAACUUUUUCUGACACUUAUGUAUAUAGUUGUGAUAUAUGUGAAGACUUUUGCAAUUUCUGUUACAUAUUUUGACAAAGUUUCUUUAUCUUAUUGUGAAAUACUACAUUUUUCGAUAAGACACUAGCCUAUGUUGUUUUAUUUUCCAUAUCAAAAUAAAACCAAAAAAAUGAAAAAUAUAUUUUUCAGUCUUUUUAAUCAGAGAGUUGAAAUUAUAUUUAGUGUGGAAAAAAACAUUUAAAGGAAAAAUGCUUCAUUUGCCUAAAAUGAUGAAAUACCAUUUCAUAGGAUUUAUUUUAAAAUAGAUAAUUAUGAAGAUUUUUUUUCCAAGCAUCUCUGUUUGCUAGUCUUAAUCUUUUAGUAAAUGUCUUUUUGUGAAGAAGCAGUUUUGUACUUAAUUUUCCCAAUUUAAACAUAAACUCUUUCUCUAGAAAAGAAAUCAAAAUUCAUGAGGAAAGGACUAUAAGUUGCAGACCUGUGAAACUUAAAUUUUAAUUAAGCAUUUUUUUCAUCACUUUAUCACCCUUCCUUACUGAUCAUUACUGUUUGUUUGUUUCGAGGUUCACUUCACUGCCAAGAGUUUGGUGGUUUUAGGUGAAGGUCUCGUUAUAGACAUUUGCAGGUAUCAUGUAUUAUACUAUUUUGCCUCGUCUGGCAUUUCCGUUGGUCAAGAAACAUCACAUGCUGACCAGAUACUGUGUAUCGAAAUUUUUGUUGAUGCACAGUUUCUUAAUUUUAAACAAUGUUUCUUAAUUUUAAACAGAAUUUUUCCAGAAUGUAAUGUAGUUAGAUAAAUUCACACACUAUUAAAAAUCAGUCUAAAACAGAGAAAACUGGAAUUUCUGAAGCCCUGGUGCACAGUAUUUUAUGACUAAACAUCAAGAUUGUUGUAAAUGCAUGUACAUAGAGACACAAUUACAGUAGAAUCAUAUUGAGACAAUGACUGGUCAACACUUGUGUGAAUCCAAUAUUUUUUAUCAUUUUGUACUAGAUCUACAUAAUUAUGUUUCAAGGUAAAACUUGUUUUUGUCCUCUGUGUAAAGAUAUGUUUUGUUAUUUUUCACAAUUCUUCAUUUUUUAUAUUGUCAGCUCUUUUACAUUAUAGUUAUAGUGAAAUAAACUGUUUUGACUGCCUAUCAAAACUAUCAAAUAAUUUGCCUACAAUUUUGCAGACAUGAAAAUCCAUUAUUCCCUGGAGGUUAUUUUUCCAGUAAUUUUGUUUUAUAUAUUUUUUGAAAAGAUGUAUAUCUAUAAAAACAAAAACCUUUCUUAAAUAUAUUUAGUUUUUACAGUA